GGGUAGGCACAUUCACAUUAUGCUGGUGUCUGUGCAGAGAGGCCUAAAAGUUCUUAUUUGUAAUCAAGGCUUUGAAGGAGAAAGCUGCAGAAUCCUUUAACCUUAAAAGCACCGGAUUGCAGAGAAACUGACCAUGCCUAACUAUAAGCUUACAUACUUUAACAUGAGAGGAAGAGGAGAACCUAUCCGCUACAUCUUUGCCUAUAUGAAUGCGGAGUACGAGGACAUCAGGAUUGAACCUGAAAAUUGGCCUGCCAUCAAACCUUCUAUUCCAUACGGGAAGCUUCCAGUUUUAGAAGUUGAUGGGGUCAUUCUUCACCAGAGUCUUGCUAUAGGACGAUAUCUGGCAAGAAAAGCAGGAUUAUCAGGAAAGACAGAUUUGGAUGAUGCCCGCAUUGAUGCCUUAUUAGAUUCAAUUGAUGACUUUAUAACAGCUUUUCCCUGGUCAUACGAAGUUGAUGCGGAAGCGAAAAAGAAACAAGACGAAUAUCUAAAAACAGCUGCCCCACCUCUGCUGGCCGAGUUGGAAAAGAGUUUGGGAGAUAAGCAAUGGUUUGUUGGCGACUCUGUGAGCCUUGUUGACUUUUAUUGGGAUACUUUCAGUGAAGAUUUAGAAAGUUUUCACGCUGAUUUUGCAAAGGAUUACCACAAACUACAAGCUCUGAAGAAAAGAGUUAGAGCCAUUCCAGCAAUUGCAGCGUGGAUCAAAAGGCGCCCCAUCACUAAACUCUAAGCGAAAAUAACUUUACCCACUAUGAAAAACAUUGUAAUCACGUUGCAGCUUAAAUAAAAUCCAUUUGCAA